AUGUCUGGCGAUGGCCAACAGACGUUGAUAUCCAGCCGUAUCAUGUCUGGCGAUGGCCAACAGACGUUGCUAUCCAGCCGUAUCAUGUCUGGCGAUGGCCAACAGACGUUGCUAUCCAGCCGUAUCAUGUCUGGCGAUGGCCAACAGACGUUGCUAUCCAGCCUGAAGCCAGUAUGCCCCCAGUCCCUAUUGAAUCCUGAUUUGUGGUCUGGCCCUGUCAAACCCAGCCCCUCUCAGGCCAGCCCUGGCCCUGUCAAACCCAGCCCCCCUCAGGCUAGCCCUGGCCCUGUCAAACCCAGCCCCCCUCAGGCCAGCCCUGGCCCUGUCAAACCCAGCCCCCCUCAGGCUAGCCCUGGCCCUGUCAAACCCAGCCCCCUCAGGCCAGCCCUGGCUCAGUUAAACCCAGCCCCCCUCAGGCCAGCCCUGGCCCUGUCAAACCCAGCCCCCUCAGGCCAGCCCUGGCCCUGUCAAACCCAGCCCCCUCAGGCCAGCCCUGGCUCAGUUAAACCCAGCCCCCCUCAGGCUAGCCCUGGCUCAGUUAAACCCAGCCCCCCUCAGGCCAGCCCUGGCUCAGUUAAACCCAGCCUCCCCCAGGCCAGCCCUGGCUCAGUUAAACCCAGCCCCCUCAGGCCAGCCCUGGCUCAGUUAAAACCAGCCCCCUCAGGCCAGCCCUGGCUCAGUUAA